UGCAAUUCUUUUAUAUAUAAAUUAGAUAUAAUAGGAAAAUACAUCCUACAAAAAGGGUUCCAUUGCUUUAAGUAAGUUUGCUAUCUCACACAACAGGGACAGAAAAAAAUCUUGUUAGGUAUUUGAGAUACCUGGGAGAACUUUCAAUCAGCAAUAAACCACAGGACAAUAUUUCAUUCCUCUGUCUUCAGCUCCGUGGCCUCGGUCCUAAUCGUCUUAGCAAAGUCUGGUUGACACAACAAUUCGUUCUUAUUACAGGCAAUGUUUGCCCUCGGCAACAGGCAGUUGUGGCAAGAAAACAGAAAAGCUAGCUUGCUUGUACUGAGAGGUUUAGCUUUUAGCAGUUAGCCAAACGAAACUGUAAAGACUGGUAAUUAUCUGUGAUGAACUUUGUGAAGAUCAAGACACGUUUUCAUUAUGACAAUUAACUUGCUACUUUGCCUGCUUCCUUUUUUCUUUGGUUUCUCGUUCCAACAAACUCCGCACGCCGACCUCGCGGACACUUACGUCACUAUCAGCGAUGGUGCGGUGAUGGAAACACUACUGACGUCAGUAAAAUGUCUGCCAAGUGGCGCCACCACAUCUUGCAUCUGCAACAUAAUCUCUUCUGCGCCACCAUUCUCUCCCUUUGAUGUUUGGAGAUCAAAGACCGGGACCCAGACAGAGUUCGAAGUUCACUACGUUGGACAACGAGGCCAUUACUUCGUGAACUACACCGUAGCCAGCACCUACCGACUGGAGGUCGUCUGCAGUGAAAACAACGUGGACUCCAGCCCCGUGUUUCUAGAAGUGGACGUUUGGCCGAACCAUCAUCCCGUUGUCACCAACUGGCCAUCAGAUGUGGCUGUCGUUGGACGAGGACAACCUACUGGAACCUUGGUCUACUCGGUGGUCGCCACAGAUGUAGAAAACGAGCCUCUGACCUACUCCAUGACGCAAUUUCCUCCUGACAACUAUUUACGCAUCACCUCCUCUGGUGGCAUCGAGUUGGCUGUACACUCGUCCUCUGUGGCUGUUGACCGUGUCGUCUGCAAGGUGGACGUGUCGGACGUGUCCAACACUGUUUCUCUUACCGUCUUUGUUGACUUUUCAAACAGGAACCAUCAGCCGAUCAUCAACAACCUGCCCAAGAACGUCAGUAUUUUCGAGAACACCACAGGUGGGUUCCUGCUUACCGCCCUUGACGUCAUUGACCCGGAUAAUGACCCCGUCACGACUGACUGCCACGUGGUUUAUCCUGCAGCAGAAAACUACAAGUUUUACUUCGACAUCAGAUCUCGCGAAAUAAAAGUGUCGCAACUGCCGCGAGCCCAGAGUCUGUUUGACUUUGACGAUGGCGUCAGGCAAUACGUCAUCCAUUGUGUUGCCAGUGACGGAUAUCUGACGUCAGCUGUGGUACGUGUGGGUUGCCAUAAAAUGGGUGUGGUAAUAAUAGACAUAGAAAACGUGCACGAACCGCCUAUUUUUAGCCAUGACGUGUACUACUGCACUCUAGACGAGUCUUGGGCCAAGAUGUCCCACUGUGACCCUGGCAUAAACGUCACCGCCCCGGACAGCCGGCGUGGCGUGACGUACGCCUUCAAAAGCUCGGCCAGCAGACUAGAGUCGUUCUUCUGGUUCAACGUCACCACAGGUCACGUCACCUUCGCCACGGACUACGAUGUAGAUGAAGGCGUUAGACCAGUCGCGGCGAACCUCACGAUUAUCGCCACCGAUGACAUCGGCAUGACGUCAGAAGCGAAGAUAGAAAUAAGCAUUCGUGACGUCAACGACAACACCUGCAAGUUCCGGAACAAUUCUCUCCUAACGCAGUUCAAUAGCAGCACUCCGCUGGGUGUGAUUGACGUUCUUCACGCUGACGACAAAGAUCUGACGUCACCGAAUAAUGACGUGGUGUACGAGACCUCUGCAGGAGACACGAGCUACUUGCGGAUCAUGCCGGACGGAGGAGUGCUGUACAGUCAGGCCGUGUCCCCCAGCCACGAGGAGCAGAUCUUCUACCUGACGGUGCGGUGUGUGGACGGAGGCCACUUCCCGAGAUCCUCCACUGCCGUGUUCGCCGCCCACUUCCUCCCUGUCCCGGACUCCCUGUGGGACAACCCCGUCUUCCUGGCGGUGUUCUCCGUCCUGAUGGCGAUCGUGUCUCUGUGCCUAUUAUUCCUGUUCUAUAAAUGUUGUUUGAGGUCCAAGGCGCCAGGUGAGCCCCUCCCGAAAACACCUGCUGCCAGGUGUGCUGCUCCAAAAAAUCUAACAGUGUGUCCAACCACGCGGCUCCUGACACAACGGAAACAAAAAAAGAAAAGGAUUUGGAGAUUCCUGAGCAAGAAGAAUUACCAACAAACAAAGACUACAAGAACAUCGCCUGGGCCGAAUCCGACUGGAAAGAAACUGGAGCCACCCCUAAAUCGCCGGAACCUACCCCACCUGUCUAGACAAGCAGAAAUGACAAUGAAGACACCAACAGACGUUCGUCAGUGUUACUACAGUCGUCAUAGAAACAUGUCUGUACAUUAAUCACAACAACAUUCUUGAUCGACAAUGUAGCUUGUACAUUGAGAUUGAUGUAUAUGUUUGGUCAUUGUGUCGACACGGCCCACAAUAUUUAUGGUGACAGUAGGAAUAUUAAUCUUCACUUUAUAAUUUAUAUUAAUUAAUAGGAUCGGCUGCAGUCUUUGCUUUUUGUAAAUUGUUACAUAAUAGAAUUAAAUACAAUAUAUAUUGGAAAUAUUUUAUAUUUGUGUAUAUAUUUACUCUCUUGUCCAUUAAAAAUACUUUAUGCAUGACCCUUCUGUCUUUUUAG